AGUUUCAGAGUCGGCGAAGCUCAUUUGAGACGGGAGGGGAACGCCAUGUUCCAUGCUACAGCUGAGUUAUUUCGUAGCGGAGUCCUCCAAAACGCAGAGUUUUUUGUAUUUAGCUGUAUUCAAUCUCAGUUGGCUGUCAGAAAUGCUGCUAAUCGAGUGAAUGCUUCGAAGUGUUCAUUGACAGACUUUCCACAAUUCCUUGAGUUGAAUGAGACUUACCAACUUGCGGGAGUAAUUCAUUUUUUAAAAAUCGGUCAAAAUGAACAUUUCAUCGCUUAUUGUCAUCGCACUAUACGAAAACGGUUGAAAUACGAUGAUCUCCUGUCAAAAAUUAAUUAUGUACCAAAUCCAAAAUGUAUUACAGUUUCUCCGCAUCCUGUAAUUUAUAUGUUGCGCAUGCGCACAAGUGCGCGCGAUAUCUACUUUUAUGAUAAAUUGUUAAUUAUUAAUGAAAUAAACAUUUCCAAACAUUAG